CAAAUUUGUCUGCAGACAUUCAGCUAUCGUAUUCAAGCAAUAAAGCAUGCAAAGAAAAAUAGAGCCAAAAGGUUAUGAAAUAAGUAUACUUUGACUUCAACGUUUAGUGCGUUAUUGACAUUGGAGCUCCUAUUGUCAUUAUUAAAAUUGCAAUAUUCUUUGAUAUGUGAUCACAUCAACUAUUCUUUUUUUUUUUUAUAAUCUAAUAAAUUUCUUCCAGAAUGUAAAAACGGAUUUCGUUUUGCACUUUUUCUUUGUUUUAUGCUGGUGACUGGUGUUCUUGUAUAUUAACUUAUAUUUUUCUUUUGAUCGAAACAUUUUCUUGUUGUUGUCUGUUUGUUUCCUUGUGUUUCAUAGUGGAUGCCACACGGAUUAUAACAACGCCAAAAUUAUAUAAAUCAUCAUAAACUUGUGAUUUGGUUUAAUUGAAAAUAGAAGUCAGUCGCCACUACCCACUAGCAAUUGUUCCUUGUUUUUAUCUCACUUUUGUUGUCUAUUUUAUUUUAUUAAAGAUAUAGUACUUUAUAAAGUUAGUAAAAUGAGAAUUUGAUGAAGCUGAUUUAUUAUUCGAACAUAAAAUUUGUAUAUACAUGAUAUAUAUGAUAGAUUUGGUAACUAUUGUAAGAUAUGUUUCAGAUGGUUAAUCAAGUACUAUAUAUGUAAUAUACAAUUUAUUAAAAACUAAACAACAAUACAGCUUAUUGUACCACCCAACAUCCCAUGCUAGUGGAGUCAGACAGGAGUGGGUGAUAUAUAUAUGGACACGUAAAAUAUGUAUAAACGCACACACAUGCGUACUUUAGAUGUUUUGAUUGUGAUAAAGUAUCAUAGACAUUACUGAUUAAUUUAAAGCGUAAUUAAUGUAAACACGAAGCCUUUAGUUAAAAAAAGAAUUUAAUGUAAAAACACGAGAGAUUGACCAAGUCCAAACUGCGUCGCCCUCAAGGUUCUACUUUCUCGCGUGCAUGAAAACGCCAUCCACUUUUUGUCUUUCACCCUAUCUUAAGGAGUUUACAAGCAUAAUUUAAAACUUUUUUUUUUGGUAAAACUUAUGUAGAUUAACUUAAAAAAACUUUAAAACUUCUGUAGAUUAACUUUAAAAAACUUUUCGCACUGAGGUAAGAAGAAUUAUUAAACAAAAAAAUUCAAAUACUUUUUUUUUUGGAAAAAGGACAUAAAAUUUCAAAUACUUUUGUCAAUACCAUACGUCGUUAUACGUAUUUAAGUUUGAAUAGUAAUGCAAUAUCGUCACUUAUACAAACUUGGUUAGAAUAAGUGAUUUCAUAUAUUAAAAACCUGGUUCUACUUUCUCGCGUGCAUGAAAACGCCAUCCAUUUUGAGUCUUUCAUCCUAUCUUAAGGGUUUUACAAGCAUAAUUUAAAACUUAUGUAGAUUAACUUUAAAAAACUUUUCGCACUGAGGUAAGAAGUGUUAUUAAACAAAAAAAUUUUAUUACUUUUUUGGAAAAAGGGCAUACAAUUUCAAAUAUUUUUGUCAAUACCAUACGUUAUACGUAUUUAAGUUUGAAUAGUAAUGCAAUAUCGUCACUUAUACAAACUUGGUUAGAAUAAGUGAUUUCAUAUACUAAAAAAUAAAUCAAAACUACAUCACUUAUUAUGACCAGAAUUUGUUGUCUAAUAUAUAUUCACAUUUAGCGUGCUAAAAAGGUAAACAAACAUAAUUCUCAAGUAAAUUCGUAUCAAUCAAAUAUCACAAAUGGAGGAAGAAUUUUUGUGGUUAUCAGUCAAUCAACAUCUAGCUAUCACCUUAAUUAAUUGAAAAAUAAUACUAAUCUCUUGAUUGAUUGAUUUUUUAAUUCACGGUUCUUGUUUGUAUUUUUCCUUUCUUUUGGAAUAACACUAACAUAAUUUACAAUUCUCAUUAUCAAGUUUUAAAUUGCUAAUAAUUGUAGUACUAUUCUAUGACCUCGUAAUAUAAAGCUAUACAGAAGUCAACUCCGUUCAACCACAGACGUGGCCAUAAUGUGUACCUAGCAGCCUAUCCUAGUCUUUCUAUACAUUAAUUUGCUAAUUUUAUUUAAAAUUGACUAUUAGUAUCAGCAAAAUCGAAGUCUAAGUUUUGUUCAUUUGAUUGAUGAGAAUCAAACGUUAGGUAUGUGUUGCCUUUCAUCAAAAUAACAUCAACUUUUCCUUUUUAUUGACCAUGUGAUUUAGAUUACGACAUUCUAAUUUUUGAUUAAAGACCCUUUAAUCCCAUUGACUUCAGCAAGUCGCGCGCACACCUCUUUUCUCCAGACAAAAAGAGCAGAAGGAACAGGAAGAAGGAGAGAGACACAAAAGAGAUGAGUUCACACUCCUCCAUACAAGAAGCUUGCUUUAAUGUCUGCUGCUCAUCACCAUUCUCAUCUCACUCCAUGACUCAGAAACAAGAACAAGAAGAAGAAGAAGAGCUCGAGUUCUCAGUAAUCACACCAGGAGGUUCGUUUCUAACAAAAGACAUCAAAUUCACUAGCCAAGAAUCUCUCCCUCCUCUCCGCACAUCUUUCUACGAUUUCAUCACAGCUUUUCCUGAUUACUUGCAGACGAACCAAGCCGAUCAUAUCCGAUCUACAGAGUACCAAAACCUCUCGUGCUCCUCUCGCCACGUGUUGUUAUCCCACACAAGCCAGCAACAGCCCUUGUUCUCAUACUCACAGUUCCGGCAACUCUCGGGUUUGAAUAACUCUCUCUUUACCUUGUCUUCCACGCAAGUAAGCUCCGGUGAAGAAAUGUUAACACUCGCGAGAGAAGAGUCUCAGUUUCAGUCGAGGAUGAGGAAGAGAAUCAUGAGUUUUAUGAAUCUUGAAGAAUCUGAAUAUGACAUGAUACUAACUCAAGACCGCUCCUCUGCUUUCAAGAUUCUAGCGGAACUCUACUCUUUCAAAACAAACCCGAAUCUCCUCACUGUCUACAACUACGAAGACGAAGCAGUGGAAAGCAUGAUCAGAAUCUCGGAGAAGAAGGGUGUAAAGCCCAAAUCAGCAGAGUUCUCGUGGCCGAGCACUGGGAUAGUCUCUGAGAAGCUCAAGAGGACGAUCUUGAGGAGUAAGAGAAGAAGUAAAGAAGACAAAAGAGGACUCUUUGUGUUUCCACUUCAGUCUCUUGUCACAGGAGCUUCGUAUUCUUACUCGUGGAUGAGUUUAGCUCAAGAGAACCAAUGGCAUGUGUUGCUUGAUACCUCUGCUUUGGGUUCUAAAGACAUGGACACUUUAGGUCUUUCUCUGUUCCGACCAGAUUUUUUGAUAUGUUCCUUUACAGAGUUUUUAGGGCAUGAUGAUGAUUAUCUUACUGGUUUCGGUUGCUUGUUCGUCAAGAAAUCUAGCUCACAGGCUUUGUCAGAAGAAGAAGCAGUCACGGAUCCUGCAAAUCUCACGGUAGUAAAAGCGGAGCCAAAUUGGAUAAUGUUACAAAAUGACGAAACUACCCUUGAGGACCACAACAAGGCGUCCACGUCUGCCAUUGAAAUCGAGGAAGACGACAAAGCAAUAAUUGAGUUUCGUGGUUUAGAUCACGCGGACUCUCUCGGUCUGAUACUGAUCAGUCGAAGGUUAAAGUCGUUGACUUUAUGGCUGGUCCGAGCGCUGACGUGUCUGAAACAUCCAGGCUCUCAUCAAACGGAGACGCCUCUGGUGAAAAUCUGCGGACCGAAGACGAGAUCUGACCGAGGAGCGUCGGUUUCGUUCAAUGUCUUCGACUGGCAAGGAGAGAAGGUCGAUCCUUUGAUGGUGGAGAGGCUGGCGGAGAGGGAGAAGGUCGGUUUGCGAUGCGCGUAUUUGCAGAAGAUUGGUAGCGUGGGAAACAAGAAACGAAGAGAUGGAGAGAGUAUGAGUUUGAGAGUGUCAGUGGUGAGUGUUAGGUUAGGGUUUAUGACGAACUUUGAUGAUGUUUUUAGGGUUUGGGGGUUUGUGUCGAGGUUCUUGGAUGCUGAUUUUGUUGAGAAAGAGAAGUGGAGAAAGAAAGCUCUUGAGAAAGAAAAAAAAAACAAAUGAGAGGCGUAAUAGUUUGAGAGCCUUUUGAUCUAAAUCCGAAUCGUUCAGUUCCACAUUUGGUUGAACAUUUUGGGUUUGGGUUGGUUUGGUUCGAUUAGGCAUUCAAUUUUCUUUCCUUUGUUUUUAUUUUGGUACAUAUUUCAACAUAUUUUAACCCACUGUUUUUUUAGUGAAUGUUAAAUUUAUUCUGUCAGAAAAUAUUUAUUACAUC